AUGAUGCGCAAGGUAACAUUUGAACUUGGCCGUUGUGUCCGUGAGACUGGCCAGGCAUUGGACCGUCUUGGCUUGCGCGUGUUAAAUGACAAUUCGUUCAAGGAAAAGUUCUCUCGCCACCGUCAGGUUAUGGCAUUGUACGACAAGCGACCAAAGAUUGCACAUGAUGUGUGGGUAGCACCCAAUGCCACUGUUGUGGGUGACGUAGAGAUUUGCAACGACGCCUCGGUUUUUUACAAUGUGGUGAUCCGAGGCGACCUCAAUCAGGUGCGUAUUGGUAAUCGCACCAAUGUACAGGACCGCACAGUCAUCCACACGGCCAGUUCCACUAGCCCCGGAUUGGCUCCAGGUGCUAAUAUUGGUAACGACGUCACUAUUGGCCACGGAUGCACGCUCUACUCGUGCACGAUUGAAAACAAUGCCCUCAUUGGCAUGGGGUCCAUUAUCCUAGACGGUGCUUUGGUUGAAUCCAACACCAUUAUCGCUGCUGGUAGCGUUGUACCUCCUGGACGUCGUGUCCCAGCUGGACAGCUUUGGGCUGGCAACCCGGCCAAGUACGUGCGUGACCUCUCGGACGACGAAGUGGCCGAUAUCACCAAGCAGGCCAGCGAGUACAAGAACAUUGCUAGUACCCACAGUGACGAGUUCCUGCCCUAUGGAACGGCUUACCUGGACGCUGAGAAGAUCAAGGCAGCUGGUGGCAGCCUUUAG